GCUAAUUAGUGGGCCAUUUGUGAGACCCACAACACCACUCAUAGGAUAUUGCACUGAAAUGGGUUAUUGCAACUGAAAUGCAAUAGCCGGCUAAAGCAAGCACAACGCGUAAUUGCCAAAAAAAAUGCCAGCACGGUCUUUGCGCACAUGCCGCAUUAAUAGGCUGGAGGUCGAGCUUGGUAAGCUCGCUAGACCGGAGCAUCAGGUCGCGAGAGCGGGCGAGAAGGGCGUGUCUUACGAGGUGCUGCCCCCUUUCGGGCACGGCCUGGCGUCGGGCACGUGCCAAGCGUUUCACGACGUGUACGCCCUGUUGCGCACCACGUUCCCGGGCAGCAGCACUCGCGUACGACACUGCGUGUACCGAGCACGCUGCCCGCACACGGGUGACCGACUGGGGGCGCUGUGUGAAAGUGAUGAAGACGCGGAGACGGAGGAUGACGGCGAGGACGAGGACGAGGACGAUCCCAGGUAUGAGCACUACGAGCAAUGCCUGGUGGCAUGCCUACGGCUGGGUGGCAAGGUGGUGGCGGCUGCGGCGCUGCGCCUCACGCUACCUACGUCAGUGUUCGGUCCGGACGUGGCGGCCAGGUGUUACGUAGAGACCGUGGCUACACACCUGCAGGUCAUGUUUCAAGGCACGGCGCCUGCCCUGCAGCGGCGCGGCCUGGGGCGGCUGCUGACGCGGUGCAUCAUGCAGACCGCGGUGGAGGCGGGACAUCAGUACGUAACAACCCUGGUGACUGGUUCCACGGCGGCCGUCAGCCGGUUCUGGACGAACGUGGGCUUUAUCGUCCCCGCCAAGCGAUCAAGGCAAGAGAAGCCGCCGGGGGGCGUUGCCGGCGCAGCUGCCGGCGCCGCUGCCGGUGCCGCUACCGAUGCUGCUCCUGGGACUGCUACCGGCGCUGCCGCCGGCACUGCUGCUGGGACUGCUACCGGCAGUGCUUCAGGCGCUAUUGCCGGCGCUGCUGCCGGCGCUGCUGCCCGGGAGCAGGGCCGGGCGCGCAAGAUGUCCUGGGGCCUGCGCGAGGUCCUGCGGGAGAGCCGGGAGCAGGCACUGUUCGUGGCGGCGGUGUGGGUCUGCGAGCUGCCCAAGCUGGUGGAGCGAAUGGACGUGUCGGAGGAUGGCCCGGAGCAGCAACAGCAGCAGCUGUUGCAGACGCAGACAGAGGCGGCGCUCAAGCAACUUCAGGAAAGGCAGGAGCGGCAGCGGCGGGACGUGAAGCCCGAGUACCCGCAAGCGGGCAUGCCUGGUCCGUCCACAGCCGCCGGCCCCUCGAAGCAAGGGGCGGCGGCUGGGCAGCAGGCGGCCGGACCCCCUGUCCCCAUCUGUCCGAUCCGGCUUGCGCAAGCCGACAAGCUGGUCAAAGGGGCGGCCCUGCUCGUGGCGUCUGCGUUUACCGCUCCCCCAAUUAUUGAUGCCUCAAACCCCUUCCACCAGUUUAUGCUGGCCCUUGACGACGAUGGUCAGUCUGCGCGAACAGGCGCGGCGGCCGGGGCCCCACAGUCGCGGACAGCUCACCAGCAGCGCCAGGCAUACGGGCCAAAGCAGUCCGCUGCAGCCACCGCCACCAAAACCUACGUCAAGCCAGAGCCGGAAGCGGAGCCUCAGCACCGGACGGCUUCUGGUGUGCCGGGCACUUGUGUGGUGACCUACAAGCUGCGGUUGUCUGGGUUGUCCUCUGAGGACGCCAAGAAGCUUUUGGGCCAGGAGGCGGCGGAGAAGGGCGUGCUGUCUGGAGUGAGCGGCAUCAGACCGGAGUUGCCGCUGCGGGUGCCGCCGCCAGACGAGCAACAGCGGGUCGCGGUCGGGGCGAAGCUGUCGUGCAAAGGGGUGCGGGACAACCAGCACUCGGCGCGAUGGCUCGUCGUGGGGCUGGCGCCGUGGCUCAGGUGUGUGGACGCGGGGCCCGGCAGCAGCGUGCGCUUCACAGCCGUGACGGAGGCAGCAGCAGGGGAGGGUGCCGGAGGCAGCAGCGGCAGCGGCAGCAACGGCAGCGCUGGUCGGGUGGUUGCAGUGGAGGUCAGCGUGGAGGCGUCCGUGCCCUUCCAAAGCAAUGGAGCCGCCGGCGGCUCGGCGCCGCCGCAGAAACGGGCGGCAGAGGCCGGGGCCACUCCUCCCCAGCAGGGGCCGGCAAGGCAUCGCAAGGCGGCCUCAACGGCAACCAAUACAGAGGAGGCGGAGGAGGCGGAUGACAAGUCAGCUAGCGAGGGCGAAGGCGCGGAGCCGGCAGGCGAGGGCGCGGCUGGAGGCCAGCCUCUUCAACGGCAGCGGGCUGGUGCCGGUGGCGGCGCUGGAAGUGGGUCCGGAGGUGCUCACCAGCAGUCAGCUGUACCGGUUCCUGGCAUGGGGGCCUGUGCAGGCACCUGCGUGGUGAAGUACGCGCCCACGGCAAACCGCCUGCCGUUCGAGGCGAUAGAGCAGCUGCUGGGGCAGGAGGCGGCGAGGCGCGGCGUGCUGGCUGGGUGGAGUGGCGGCAGCAGCAGUGGCCCACUGGAACUGCCGGCGUUGGCGCCACCGAGCCAGGAGCGAGUAGCAACACUGCGGUGCGAGGGCGGUGGGGCGAAUGCGGCCCGAUGGAAAAUGGUGGGGCUGAGCAACUGGCUGAAGCAGGCUGGCGGGAAGGCAGGCAGCCUGGUGCGCUAUCGCGCCGUGUGGGAGACGGGCGCGUCGGCCGUGGUAGCGGGCUCGGAUGGCGGCAGCGCUGCGGGUCGCGGCAGUGGCGGAGGCGCAGCAGGGGCCGCGGGCAGCAGCGGUGCAGGCCGCGGCUGCAUCGUCGCUGUGGAAAUCAGCGUUGAGGCCGCGUUGCCGUUGGGUGAGCCGGUCCAAGCUCAGAAGCGGCAGCGUGAGCCGGAGCCGGCAGCAGCCGGGCCUAGCCAGCAGAAACUGGUGGAGCGAGGCAGCGCCGACGAUGACGCCGCCACCGCAGCUGCAGGGCCUGCAGCGGCAGCACGCAGCAGUGGCGGCGCGUGUGCUGCUGAUGGCGCUGGCCAGGCGGGGGCAAGCGCCAGGCAGACUGCGCAAGAGGACGUCCCGCCGCAGCAGCAGCAGCAGCAGGCAAAGCGUGCCAAGUCCCCACCACAGCUCGGCUGGCAACCCAUCAACACAGGGCCGCCGCCAGCAGGAGCAGGAGCAGCAGCCGCAAUCUUGCCGUGGGCAGCGCCAGUUGGGGAGGAGGCUCCUGGGGCAAAGGCUGCUGCGGUAGCCAGCACAUCCGCCGCAGCCGCAGCGGCACCAGCAGCAACAGCAACAGCAGCAGCAGAAUCGGCGGCGGCGCCAGCUGACGUGCGCCCUUGCGGUGUGCUGGGAGGCGAGCCCGACGGCGAUGAGCCCGCAGCAGCUACUGCCGCAGGCUCGGAGCCUGGUGCUACUGCCGCAGCGGCGGCCGCUACUGCUGCCGCGGCCGCGGCCGUGCCCGCGGACGCGCAUGCAGCCUUGGCGCCAGAAACAGGUGCGGGCCCAGCUGCGCCGGCAGCUGCGCCUGAAACCAGAUCGGCAACAGCAGCGCCAGCAGCUGCCGCCGCACAAGCGGCACCAGUGCCGGCACAAAUGCCGACACUAACACCAUCGGCGGCUGCUGCCAGCGCUGGAGCGCUGGGCGGCGGUGCACCGGCGGCGCAACUGUUGCAGGCGCUGUCGAGGCACUACCCCAAGGUCUGGGAGUUGCUGCAGGCUGUGGGUGGGCUCCAUGGCGGCGUCCGGGGAGCUCGACGGACGACCGGCAGCCAGCGCCACCACGCCCACCCGGCAGUGCUGCCACUGGAGGUGCUACAGCGGUUCUGCGGCGCCAACAAGGGCUGGAUCAUCACGAUGGACACCGAGCGCGUGGAGGCAGACACUGGCGUGGCCAGUGCCGUGGGCGAGGCCGCGGCGGCACCUGCACCACCGGCCGCAUACGUGACGACGGUGCAGCUACAGUCCGACGACGUGAGCGCGACGGCCACUGGCAAGGUGGCGGCGGACAAGGAGACGGCCCGGCAGCUGGCAGCGGCGGCGUGCCUGCAGUUGCUGCGCGUCCGGCUGGAGGACCUUGAGCCGCAGCCGACACCGCAACAGCAGCGACCACCAUCACCGCUAGAGUCGCCCGCAGUGGCGUCAACGCCACCAAAACAGCAGGAGCAGCCGCCAACCGGCGGAGCUGCAGCUGCUGCCAUCCCAGGCUCAGCCCAGGACAGCGCCGCGGCGGCGACACCACAGGACGGGCCCCGCCCACAUGACACGGCACCGCCACCAGCAGAACCACUUGCUUGCCCGCUUAUGGCACUCAUGCCUCCGGCGGGGACGCAGAACCCCCAUCAGGGACAGCGCGGCGCGACGCUGCAGGCGGCCGCAGGGGACGCGGCUGCAGCAUCUGAGGGCCAGCAGGGCGCAGCAGGCGCAGCCCAUGCUGAUGGCGGCGGCGGCAGUGGCGGCGCGGCGGCGGUGGCGCCAAUGCCAGCUGCAGGUCCUUCGCCGCCGCAACCGCCGCAACCGCCGCAGCCCCCGCCGCCGCAGCACGACCCGCGCUUUGCAAACCAGCACUACUAUCCACCGCCACCGCACGUGUGGCCAUACGCGAUGCCGUAUGGUGCCUACUGCGUGUCGCCGCCGCCACAGCUGCCACAUCAGCAGCAACAGUGCCCAGGCUCAGGGCCGGCACCGGCGGAAGCAGGCUCGGAGCCACAGAAGCCUGCUGGUGCGCCCGAUUCCGCUGCCGCGGUUGUUGGCUUGGCGGAUGGCGGCGCAACUGCACCAGCGCCUGCAGCAGCGGCACUGCCGCCCAUGUCGCCGCAUCCCAUGCCGCCGCAUCCCAGCGCUUACCCUGCGGGCUACUACUGGGUGCCGCCGCCCCAUUCCUUGGCAACUUCAGGCUACGGCGGACCCUACGCGGGCUAUCCGCAAGCCCCGCCCGGAGCCUGGGGGGCGCCGCCGCCGCCGCCGCCGCCAGCCAGCGGCGCGCAGUGGCCGCAGGGGCCAUGGCCUCCCUACCCGCCGGCGCUGCCGCCGGCGCCAGCGCCGCUGGCGCAGUAGCAGCAUCCUGAGGCGGAGCUUGUGCAGUGCCGCAGCGGCAGGCAGCGCAACGGAAAUUUGCUGAUGGGGAGUGGGGCUGGGACUGGCGCCAUGUGGCAUUUGUGGGCGGGCUUCCGAUCCUUUGUUGCGGUAAGUUGUUAGACGGCUGGCAAGAGUAUCGCUCAUGCUGCAUUCGCAAUCUACACUCUACAGUGCCGUAUGCUAACAAAUGGAGGGGCGGGCAGCGUUGGCCCUGGGCGGUGGCGGCUGCGUAGCUCGUAAGACUGAAGCUGUGUGACAUUAGGGCGUCCGAACGCUUAG